UAUAAUUUAUGGAAAUAAAAAAAAAAAAUAUUUAAAAGCCGGAUCAUUUGAUUGGGGGUCAAUGUUCGUAUAAAAAGAAAAAUACGAAAAACGUAUUUGGGUCCGCUCUCCUCUCCGGCGAAGUUUGAUUUUGCGCUAAAGGAUCUCGAAGAAAAGGAACAAAAACGUAGACAAAAAAUGGUGAGAGAAUUGCUGGGGAAACUAGCCACUCGGUCUCUCUCCUUCGCCGGAAAAUGCCAGCAGCAACAGCUGCGCCGCCUCAACAUACACGAGUAUCAGGGAGCUGAAUUGAUGGGUAAACAUGGAAUCAACGUUCCAAAAGGCAUGGCAGUUGGUUCCAUUGAUGAAGUCAGGAAGGCGAUGCAUGAAAUGUUUCCCAGCCAGAGUGAGGUGGUGGUGAAGUCUCAAAUCCUUGCUGGUGGUCGAGGGCUGGGAACAUUUAAGAGUGGUCUCCAGGGUGGAGUUCAUAUUGUGAAGUCUGACCAGGUUGAGGGUAUAGCAGGCAAAAUGCUUGGGCAGAUACUUGUCACUAAGCAAACUGGACCUCAAGGAAAAAUUGUCAGCAAGGUGUAUUUGGCUGAGAAGUUAUCCCUUGUCAAUGAGAUGUACUUUGCCAUUACUCUUGAUCGUGCAUCUGCUGGUCCUCUUAUUAUCGCCUGUAAAAAGGGAGGAACCAGUAUCGAAGAUCUUGCAGAGAAACAUCCCGAACUGAUUGUAAAGGUGCCUAUUGAUAUUUUCACCGGAAUUACCGAUGAAGAUGCCGCCAAGGUAGUUGAUGGGUUGUCCCCCAAAGUGGCCGAUAGAAAUAGCUCGAUUGAACAAGUGAAGAAGUUGUAUGAACUUUUCUGCAAAUGCGACUGCACAUUAUUGGAGAUAAAUCCCAUUGCUGAGACUUCUGAUAAUCAACUAGUAGCUGCUGAUGCAAAAUUCAACUUUGAUGAUAAUGCUGCUUUCCGUCAAAAGGAGAUAUUUACUCUUCGGGAUCCAACACAAGAGGAUCCUCGUGAGGUUGCUGCAGCAGAAGCUGACUUAAAUUACAUUGGUUUAGAUGGAGAAAUUGGUUGUAUGGUGAAUGGUGCUGGAUUGGCCAUGGCAACAAUGGAUAUAAUCAAGUUACAUGGAGGAACUCCUGCCAACUUUCUUGAUGUUGGUGGAAAUGCUUCAGAAAGUCAGGUUGUGGAAGCAUUUAAAAUUUUGACUUCAGAUGAGAAAGUGAAAGCUAUUCUUGUCAACAUUUUUGGAGGAAUAAUGAAGUGCGACGUAAUAGCCAGCGGCAUUGUGAAUGCUGCUAAACAGGUGCAAUUGAAAGUACCUGUGGUUGUCCGUCUUGAAGGCACCAAUGUUGACCAAGGAAAGAGAAUUCUAAAGGAAAGUAGCAUGACUUUAAUUACUGCUGAAGAUUUGGAUGACGCAGCUGAAAAGGCAGUGAAAGCCUCAGCAAGCUGAGAACAUCGCGUCUAUUUUGUCUAAAUCGCUUGAGGUCACUCUUUUUUCACAUGUCCAUUUUGGGUUAAACUCUUACAUAUAAUACUACAUUUUCUCGAGAGAUGCACAGAUGAACAUUCAGCCACAGACCUGUUAAUCUCCAUUGGUCUGUGGUGAAGGUUUCUAAUCUUACCUACUUUCACUUAAGGAAAGUAGUCGGUAAUUUUGUUCUGUUGUCUAGUUCCUGAUGAUUGUGUUUACCGUAAACAGGAUAUGGUAUUUACUUUCUUCAAGCUGUAGACAUGGAUUUUUUCCCCUUAAUAAUAAAAGUAGCUUAUGGGUUGAUGGUCAA